UCUCUCACCUCCUCUCAUCGCCUAAAUUUUCUCCAAUUAUCCUUCUUAUCACAUCUUACACUGUUGACGAUAUCCAAGUCGACGUGACCUCCUAUCUUCUAGUCAUUGAUAACCAAUACCUAGCAUGUGAAAGACCAGUCACCCGACAUGUGCCGUCGCCCAUCGAUCUCCACAGAUGUCGUCAGUAUCGUCUGCUAUAGAUAGAGAUCAUGGAGUCCUGGGCAGCUAUUUGCGGGCUCUUUACAGCGGUCAUCAGCAUGAUGCUUGAUGUCGCGCAGUUCUGGAAAUAUAGGCUACUGUCUUGGUGGAGGUCCAAAUCGCCUCGCGAUAGACUGCUACAUUGCUUAGCGAUAGCACAAACCUAUGAGGAAUGGGAGGACGCUGCUUUCGAUUUGGACGAACUUCUCAGCACGGAUCUGUGGCGCCAGAACCCGACCAGCCGCCAUUAUGAUUACCGACUGAUUCUUGGACGACUAGAAUCCUUGAUCAGCGCUCGAGAGGAUGAAGACAUCCUGACCCUCGUUAACCUUCUCCGAUCGGGACUCGUGCGCAACCUGGGCAACAUCACCUCCCCAAAACUAUUUGUCCACGCUUACGCCGGGACGAAACUCCUCAUCGACGACUAUGUUACACAGGUCGCGCUUUCUAUACAGCACGUUACAGCACUGCAAACCACACCCAUCCAUGAGAGUGGGUUCACAUCGCAGGCAAAGCUGGAGCUGCUUCACGAUACCCGCCAGGCCUUUGGUAGAACGACUCUGCUCCUCCAAGGCGGGUCAAUUUUCGGACUUUGUCACCUGGGAGUAGUAAAAGCACUUCAUUUACAGGGCCUCUUGCCCAGGAUCAUCACGGGAACUGGUACCGGGGCAUUGAUUGCCUCUCUUGUUGGAAUACACACGGAAGAUGAGUUAUUGACUUUUCUAGGCGGUGAGGGGAUCGACUUGACAGCAUUUGAUUUUCGAAAAAAGGCCAAGGCUUCCAGGGAAGGCAACAGGUGGCUGCCAAAUGAUGAUGGAAAUGGCUGGCUCGGUACGCUGGUUCGACGUGCGAAGCGAUACGUCCAAAAAGGCUACUUUCUCGACGCAGAUGUCUUGGAAGAAUGCGUGCGAGCGAACGUGGGGGAUCUCACAUUCGAAGAAGCAUAUGCUAGAUCGAAACGCAUUUUAAACAUCACCGUUGUUACAGCAAGCAAGAGUGGAACACCAAACCUGCUAAACUACUUGACCGCACCCAAUGUAUUGAUUUGGUCAGCUGCAGUUGCUUCUAACACAUCGGCGACAACACUCUAUACACCUGUCACAGUCUAUUGCAAAGACGAGACCGGUUCAAUUGUUCCAUGGCCACACUCACAGGAUGCAACCUUUCGACCAUGGCGUCAUGUCAGCUAUAACGAUGGGGAAUCGCCGCUUUCACGUAUUGCGGAGCUAUUCAAUGUCAACCACUUUAUUGUGUCGCAGGCCCGGCCAUACCUUAUCCCUUUCCUUCAGUCCGAGUUGAAUCUCCUAGACCGGCGUCAGACGGGUCAGUGGAAUAUCACUCGGUUCCUCAUGCGUUUAGCCACCGCAGAAAUUCGUCAUCGACUACGGCAAUUUGAUUAUGUCGGUCUACUCCCGCAGUCUCUGGCCCGUUUACUUAUUGAGGAGACAAUUCCCGGCUCUAACCUGACCCUGGUACCGGAUCUUUCCCUGAACGAUUUUAGCAAAUUGUUCCAGAAUCCUAGCAAGGAAGGACUGGCAAAUUGGAUCCUCAAGGGCGAACGGGGGGUUUGGCCGGCCAUCAGCGCCCUGAAAGUGCGUGGCGCCAUUGAAAUAGAACUGGACAAAGGGUAUCAACUUGUUCGGCGACGGCGGUCAAGUGACCACUCUCCCGUGGCUACUGUUCCAGGACAGCGAUGGGCUGCAAAUGAGGGUGUUCCCAGGAGACGACGGGGCUAUAGUAUUGAUUAUGGAAGAGACAGUGGGAGUUUGUUGGGUGGUUCGGAAUAUUCAUGAUGGUUGCUAUGUACAUAUUUAUCUAGAUAAAAAAAGGAGCCAAAUGACAGUAUUGAGCCAGUAUGAUCUGGAAAUUCAUGGAAUAAGCAGCAUAUAGGGGAUACACUGAGCAAAUGUAUGUGGGUCUGAAAACCACAUC